CGUAAUCUUUUAUAGUUUAUUAUACUCACUUUGCCGUAAACAUUUCUUGUCUUGGAUCUUUAGUCGGUGCUACUAUCAGACUAUCAUGCGCGUUGACGGUGAUAAGGGUGUCAGAAUGAAUAACACAAUUCCGUUGGAGUUACCAGCAACGCUGCCGUAUGAUUUCUACCUGGUUACCUGCCGCAACAGCUCUGAAGUUAUUAUUUACGAGAAUUUAUUCUCCAAUAUUUCACCAACGUCUGUUCAUCGCGACUUCCUGUUGGCAGAGGAAUCACCACAACACUUAAGCGUCAUCUUGUUCGGUAUUGAUUCAGUAUCGAGGUCAUCCGCCAUUCGCAGACUCCCUAAAACAAUGGAAAUUCUGAGAGAUAUGCAAGCCUACGACUUUAAAGGUUAUACAAAGGUUGGUGAAAACACCUUUCCUAACCUGAUACCGCUUCUGACUGGGUUGAACGUGUCUGAAUUACAUUUACCUCAAAAGCCAUACAUGGACACAAUUCCCUUUCUGUGGAAGAAUUAUUCUAAAAAUGGCUAUACAACGUUUUAUGCUGAAGAUACGCCGUACAUGGAUACAUUUAAUUACUUAAAAGGAGGGUUCCAGGAUCCUCCCACUGACCACUACAUGAGACCAUAUCAGCUAGCCCUCAGAAACGCCCGACUCACAUACCUUGCAGACUACGACAUGGCAGCAAAUAGUUCUGUAGAAGAUUAUGCUGUAAAUGAUGAGUAUGAAGCUUGUUUACACAGUUAUUCAUGUUUUGCCUUCAUUAUACUUGGCUACUGGGAUCCUGACAAAUUGGUAUAUCCGAACAAUGUUUUAUAG